GCUGCAACAUCUCCAGAAAUAAGGCUGACAGAGGGAGGGAGAGAAAAAAAAAGCCUUGCCCUCUCGGAGCCUCGCUGCAAAUCGCAAAUGAAUUGUCUGAGGCCGGGAUCGGGUGGAAGCGUUGCAGAGAUCAGGACUUUUGGCUGUUAUCGUGCAGUGUGCUGUGCUUGAGGAAUCCCAAGGCACAUCUUGCUAUGGCGCAAGGAAAUAAUUAUGGACAAAACGCGAGUAACAACGGAACGGCGGACGAAUCGCCCAACAUGCUGGUGUACAGAAAGAUGGAAGAUGUCAUAGCACGAAUGCAAGAAGAGAAAAAUGGGAUUCCAAUCCGCACAGUCAAAAGUUUUUUGUCAAAGAUCCCUAGUGUAUUUUCUGGUGCAGAUAUUGUCCAGUGGCUAUUGAAGAAUCUGAACAUUGAAGACCAAGGUACAAUUACUGAGAUUCAAGCUGUGGAAGCACUGCACCUUGGAACACUGAUGGCAGCUCAUGGCUAUUUCUUCCCAAUCUCAGACCAUGUACUGACGCUGAAAGAUGAUGGAACUUUCUACAGAUUCCAGACACCAUACUUUUGGCCAUCCAACUGUUGGGAGCCAGAAAAUACUGACUAUGCGGUUUAUCUCUGCAAGCGAACAAUGCAAAAUAAAGCCCGGUUGGAGUUGGCGGAUUAUGAAGCUGAGAGUUUGGCUCGUCUACAAAGAGCAUUUGCUCGAAAAUGGGAAUUUAUCUUCAUGCAAGCAGAAGCCCAAGCAAAAGUUGAUAAGAAAAGAGAUAAAAUUGAAAGAAAAAUUCUUGAUAGUCAAGAAAGAGCAUUCUGGGAUGUACACAGACCUGUGCCAGGAUGUGUAAAUACUACAGAAGUGGACAUUAAGAAAUCAUCCCGAAUGAGAAAUCCUCACAAAACAAGAAAGUCUGUCUAUGGACUACAAAACGAUGUCCGAGGUCACAGUCCCACCCAUGCCCCUGUGCCAGAAGCUAAGCAACCAACAGUAGAAGAGCUACAUCAACUGAUAAAAUUCUGGCAAAUGCAGCUAGAUAGGCAUCGGUUAAAAAUGUCAAAAGUUGCAGAGAGUCUGAUAGGGUACACAGAGCAGUAUAUGGAAUUUGAUCCAUUCCUCAUAAGCCCUGAACCUUCAAACCCAUGGACAUCUGAUGAUAUUUCCUUCUGGGAGCUGGAAGCAAGCAAGGAACCAUAUGGACAGAGGGUAAAGCGAUGGGGUUUCUGCAUUGAUGAAGUUUUAAAAGAUCCUGUUGGCCGUGAACAGUUCCUUAAGUUUGUGGAGUCUGAAUUCAGUUCUGAGAACCUCCGGUUCUGGUUAGCUGUCCUGGACCUGAAGAAAAGGCCCAUUCGUGAGGUGCCGUCUCGUGUUCAAGAAAUCUGGCAAGAGUUUUUAGCCCCAGGAGCCCCUAGUGCCAUAAAUGUAGACUCCAAAAGCUACGACAAGACCACACAAAAUGUGAAAGACCCAGGAAGAUACGCAUUUGAAGAUGCUCAGGAGCACAUUUACAAACUGAUGAAGAGUGAUUCCUACCCUCGUUUCAUACGUUCCAGUGCCUAUCAGGAGCUGCUCCAGGCUAAAAAAAAGGGAAAGUCACUCACUUCGAAGCGGUUGACAAGUCUGGUGCAGUCUUACUGAUGCGAUCACUCACACCUCAGCUGAGGAGCAGGCCUGAUCAGUUGUUCAAAGCUAUAAUUCACUGUGUAUCCUGAACCCAAAAGACAUUGUACCAUUCUUUGCAUGAAUGAGGAUCUGACUUUUGUUUCCUCUCCGU